UGGGGCAAGCGCUUCGGGAACUAUGUGCAUACGGAAAAAGCACCCCGCCUCAGUCAUACACUACUAAUACGUACUUGUUCGGAUCAGUACCACGACCUCGGCCCACUUCAUCACACCGUUUACUCAUAUUCCGAUCCAAUCAUCCGUCCUCAUAUACCGAGUUCAUACAAUAUUCAUAUCUUCAUUCACAAUGAGCUGGUAUAUCCCGGCAUCCCGAUUCGGAAGCUUAGUAUAUCGAGGCCAUCGUAA